GGAAAUGUCGAUAAUAAUUUUCACUGGUGAAAGGAAAAACUAUGUUUUUAUCUAUUAGAGGUCACAUAGGGAAAACUGAGGCCUGGAAAACAUGUAAUCCCUAGCCAGAAAUCUUCGGCCACCGAUUUGGGUGACUUUGGAGAAAUGGGGGAAAUAUUUCACGGAUUUGAGCUGCUUCUUUUUAAAAGAUUCCAAUCACAUCCCGAGCAAUGGCGAGAGUGGAGAGGAAAAUUAAUGGAGAAAGUUGGAGAGAAAGGAUUGCUCAUAGAUGACUUAGAUGACAUUGGUGAUAUUCCCCAAAGUUUGUGGUACUUGUCAGUGUCCCUACAUACAAGACAGAAAUAUAUUUUAUCUUUAGUUAAAGACGAGAUAGAACGCGAAAAACAGAAACAGUUUCCUAGACAAAAUGAAACAUUAUUAUCUCGAUAUCUUAGCCGUCAUCAGUUCACAGAGUUCCAUCUGGAUAGUAUGUUUAAAUAUGGGGAGGAUAACAGACUGCCUCGAGAGAUAUUUAAGUGUGAGAAUGUUCGUUAUUUAUCGUUAAAGUAUAACACUCUAGACUCCAUCCCUCCAGACAUCGGGCGAUUAACGAAGCUCCAGUAUCUAGCCUUAACCAACAAUAAACUACAAGUGCAAUCCAUUCCCUUUACCUUGUGUUUCUGUAAAAACCUUAAAACAUUACUCUUAGACAAUAAUUUAUUAGAUGCGCUGCCUGGAUUUUUACUCCAAAUCUCGUCCAUAGACACUGUCCAUCGUCAUGGAAACCAUAAUUAUUUUAAGGCAACGUUUAUGUGGUAUCAUACAGAUGUGAAUUAUCGAAUUAUACCAAUUUCUGGAGCUACAGACCAUAGUGUAUUAAACAAGUAUGAAUCUUUACAGUUUUGGGCUGCCAAGGCUAUCAUCUCAUCCAAAAAGGAUUUUUUUAAUGAUCCCUCCAUUGCUCUAGUUUUAAAGGACUAUAUUUCUGAUAUAUAUAAUUUAUUCAAUAUUUGUCACAAUUGUAACACAUCAUCAUUAUCAUAUAAAUCUGGCUAUAAGAUCAUCACCUUCAAAAAUCCCUACCUUGGUAACACUUGUGUUCCGUUCCAACAUUGGGCCUGUUCAGCUGAUUGUGCGCGAGCCUUGGAAGUACCAGCAAGGAUCGAACAAAUCCAAGCUUCCAAAGAACUAGAUCGAAAGUAUGAUGAUUACAUUGAGGAUUGUCAGACUAGAUUUCAUAACUGUCGAAGGUCUGUUUUAUCAUGUAGUUCUACACCUACAUCCAGUAUAGAAUCCGAAAUUGGUAGUGUGAUUGAGGAAAGGAAUUCUAAAUGUACCUGCAGUAUUUUAUAA